UCUCUCCCGUUUCUCUUUUCAGAAGUUCAGGAUGCUGGCACCAGAAGCAGACCCCACUCCAACUCCAGUACGUCCUUAUUUUCAGCUGAUCUUCCCAUAAACCAUCCGCUAAAAUCCCUCCUGGACACGUCCAUCGAAUCCAUCCUCCAAGCCGUCUCUCCCAGAACCCUGCAAACUUAUUACACCGCAUGGAAAUCGUUCAAAUCAUUCCACCUCUCUCACAACCUGUCGUUUCCCGAAUUUUCUCUUUUAACAGUUACUUCAUUCAUAUCUCAUCUUCAUAGUAUUAAAGGUCUCCAAGCCGGAUCCAUUAAAAGCUAUCUAAGCGGCAUUCAAUUCUUCCAUAAAUUAAUCCACGGUAAACCUACACCCGCAAUAAAUAACUCCCAAACGUCCCUUCUAGUUAAAGGAAUCCAAAGAUCCUGCCCCACGCGCCCAGAUACCAGACAACCAAUCACAAUCGAUAUACUCACCAGAUGCAUCUCAUCACUCCGUCUUGGAUACCACUCCAUCAACACCGCAUAUACAUUAGAAGCUAUGUUCAUCCUAGCAUUCUUCGGUUUCCUCCGCUGUUCCGAACUGACCAUUACUUCCUUAUUCGACCCAAAUAUCCAUCCCUCCAUUUCAGACCUCCAGAUCGUAGAUAAUGAAACCAUAUCAUUUUUCAUUAAACAAAGCAAAACGGACAGAGAUAAAAGAGGUCACUUCGUUUAUAUUUUCAAUCUACAAACUCCCAUCCAACCGUACCAUGCACUUUUUAAUUACCUGCAGUAUAAACUUUCCUCGUCCAAAUCCCCACUCGACCCUCUUUUCACUAAUGACUCCAAUCAUCCAGCGACGAGAUUCUGGUUCCAAAAGCAUCUUAAAGCAGUCCUCAUCAAAUCCGGCGUCUCAGCAGAGCAUUUCUCUAGCGACUCAUUCCGCAUCGGAGCAGCUACCACAGCCGCUCAAAAAGGUCUCUCCCAACAACAAAUCAAAACCCUCGGUCGCUGGUCAUCGAAUGCCUUCAAAACCUAUAUUAGGUCUAGCCGGUUUUUCAUCAGAAAUGCUCACCAAGCCCUAACUAAUUAA